AAGCGACUACAACAACAAACAACAACGGUCAACCGCAGCAUCCAUCGGCGUCUCACCGCCACACGCUCUCUGCUCGGUCUGAACCGGGACCCGUUCACCGCGAGCCGCGAGCCGGACGUCGUUCCCUCUUCCCGCACGCGCCGUCUUCGCUGAUGUUAAUUUAAGGUUUCGGAGCUCGGUGUGGUUACACGUCCGCUCAAGAUGACGAGUUACAAGGCGUUUCACUCUCAGUUGACGUCCAUCAUGGAGGCGCUGACCAAAGCGGCCGUGGCGGAGAUCUGCGAGCUGGUGGACGACAGCUACGCCGUGCUGCAGCUGGAGAUCAGCCGGAGCCACAAGGAGAACGAGGCGCUGAGGAGGAAGCUGGAGCUCAUCGAGACCAUCAUCGCCCGGGGACACCGGGGCAGCGUCGCGAUGCUGGAUUACGGCGGCCCGGAGGUAGAGGCCGGCGGGGGGCUGAUGGAUUUUACUCUCGAAUGUGCCUUACCGAGCGGAGCGGGUGCCAAACAGCCAAAGGCCUCGAGUGUGAAAAGACGUGGACGAGUUCCUGCUUUAGAGACGACCACAGACGUGAACCCUGGGACAGAAGAGGACGGUCUCCACCCAGCUGCAGAGGAGCCAAACGACCAGGACGUGGUUUUAAUAAAGGAGGAGACGCCAAAGGUGGAGGUGAACGACAGCGAUGCUGCAGAGGAGCUGCUCCUCAACGAGGACGGGACGGAGGUGCAGCCGUCAGAGGCAGACGACAGCGACGAGGGGCCGUCCGGGAUGAUGAUCUCCACCUCAGCGGGCGACGUGAGGCCGUGGGAUCAGAACAGUAACGGGCUGUCGGAGCGGGGAGUCGAGCGUCAGGAUUCCCACAGCGCCCAGGAGUCUCCGGGUCCAGCAGGGCCCGCAGAGAGCAGCUCAUCAGACGUGGUGUUUGAUUUGGAGUCGGACUGUGAAGCUCCACCUGUGGCUCCGCUGAGAAAGCCGUUCUUUCUGGGGUCUGGGGGGAGUCCAGCCUCCCUGCCUGGGGCCUCUGAGCUGAAGCGGGGCGUGUCCCUGAUCAGCUCCCUGCCCUACGACACAGAGCUGGACCUCUGCUCCUCGUGGGCCAGUCAGGGCCUGCCGAGCAUGGUGCCCGUGCCUCACCGGCCGUACCUGAAGCCGGACCACCGGCCCACGCUGCUGGACAAAGUGUCCGACCUGAGCGCCGCGGGUUUCCCCCUGGCGCUGGGCCUGGGCGGCUCCAGGCUGGACCCUCUGGACCUGAACAGGUACUGCAGGGACAGGCGCUUCGUCUGCAGCUACUGCGGGAAAUGCUUCACGUCGUCGCGGAGCCUGGAGACGCACGUGCGCGUGCACACGGGCGAGCGGCCGUACAGCUGCGCCCAGUGCGGGAAGCGCUUCACGCAGUCGGGUCACCUGAAGACGCACCAGAGCGUCCACACCGGGGAGCGGCCGUUCGCCUGCCAGCACUGCGGGAAAAGGUUCGCCGGGAAGCAGAACCUGAGGAUCCAUCAGCAGAAACACCACCCGGCCGAGCAGGGAGCCGCUCCUGUUGCCUUACUCACUGUUAACUGUCUGAACUGCCUUGGCACAGAAGCAACACAGGACUACAACCUGAUCCAGAUCAAUCCUUACCUCAAACAGAGCGUGGCUGUGAGUCCACGUCAGGACUUUAGGACGCAGAGGAGACAGAUUCCUCAGGAGUCUGAGCCCGGUCCGGUUUCCCCCGCGAGCAGCGCCAUGGCCGUUUUAAGCAGCAAAGCGCUGCACGAGCAGCUGUCCAUCAUCAUGGGCGCGCUGACCAAAGCGGCGGUGGCGGAGAUCUGCGAGCUGGUGGACGAAGGCUACGCGGUGCUGCAGAUGGAGAUCACCCGGAGCCACAAGGAGAACGAGGACCUGAAGAAGAAGCUGCACCUCAUCGAGUCCAUCGUGGUCCGGGGGAGCGGCGGGAAGGCGGCGGAGCUGGAGGUCGUAGCGACCGCGGAGGGCGCACAGCGGGCGGAAACACCGCAGCAGCGGCAGCAGGACGACGAGGACGGUGACGGAGGAGCUGCGGUGGUGGUGCGGGAAGAGCUUCCAGAGGUGGUGCUGAUCAAAGACGAGGACUCAGACAGUAACGACACCUUCGAGGACGGAGAUAAAACCUCUGAUGGAGGGACGGCUGCAGCCAGAGAGGCCGUGGCGUCGACUCCGAUCAGCCGGAGCAUGAAGAGACACUGGCCGGGAAACGAGGAGUCUGAGAAGUCGUCGUCCUCCGAGCAGCUCGCAGUCAAAACAUCCAAAGUGUUGGCGGGGCCGCAGAAGAAGAGCGUGUCCGUCUACACUCUGGACUCUCCUCGCAGCGAGCCGGGCUGCUCCGGUCAGCUCGCCGGGGACGAGAUGGAGGCCGGCGAGUCGGUUUGUUCCUACUCGUCGCAGAUGGACCCAGACGUCCACCUGGUCCAUCAGGAGUGUUCCCUGGUGUCUCCGAGCUCCAACAGACAGACGUACUUCGGGACCAGCUCUCUGAUGGAGUCUCGCUCUCCUUCAAACAGAGCAGAGAUGGAUCUCAGUCUCACGUGGACCAAACAGUCAAAGAGUCAGAUGUCUUUCGCUCAGUUUCACCAAAGUGAAAACGUGGACGGCGACGCAUUCGGGAUCAAGCUGAUCAGCGUCUCAGGCUCCACCUCCACGGACUGUCAGCUGUCUGAGAGCAGCAACUCUGCGUUUGAGUACGAGGACGCCGACAUGAUGAACUUCGGCCUCUACAGGGACCAGUCAGGUCGGCCUCAGCUCUGUAACGGGCAGCCGGGCGCCGCCGCCGCCGCCCGAGGGAAACGCUUCAUAUGCUCCAUCUGCAACAAGACGUACGCCACGUCUCAGAACCUGGACGUUCACAUGCGGAUCCACACCGGCGAGAGGCCGUUCAGCUGCGACCAGUGCGGCAAGAAGUUCACCCAGUCGGCUCACCUGAAGUCGCACCUGAGCGUGCACUCAGGUGAGCGGCCGUACGCCUGCACGCUCUGCUCCAGGAGCUUCAUCGUCAAAUACAGCCUCAAGUUACACAUGAAGAAAUGUCACCCAAACAUCUGAGGGAACAGCUGCAACGUGUCUGUAAAUAUCCAGUCUGACAAAGCUGCAGAGUUUAGCUCCAGAGCUCUGAAACCAUUUCACUUCUGAACCUUUGUUUUGUACGUUCAACAGUUAAUCUGCUCAUCAGCUCACUGACGCUGCUUUAAACAAUCGACAUCUUCAAUGUCUUUGGUUUGAACUCCAGGAAACUGACAGGUAAUAUUUCUUUACAGGUAAGCUAUGAAAUAAUGACCAGGUUAGAGCUUCUCAUUCAUCAGACAGGAUGAGCUCUGUCUUUUUAAAGUCCAGUGUACAGCUACAGGCUGACGGUUGUUUAAAAACACUGUUUCAUUGUUAAUAAAACUCAUUCUGAAAUCUG